AUGGGAUCAAAAAGCUCGAGGAGAAAAAGGCGGAACCAAGAAGCACCAAAAGAACCGAAGUUCGAAGAAAUUGCCAACCCUUCCGAUCUUGCGUCCAAGGCCUUGGUUCUAAUCCACUCCAUGCCCCAACAUGGUUGCACCAAUGAAUGUUCUUGCAAGAAUAAAUCCUCAGGCAAGCCACUAAAGAACAUGUUUCGGCGGAAGCAAAAGCAGGAUACUAUCAUCUCCAACAUGUCUAUUGGGACGAUAGGAACUGACGCUUCCACUUCACAAGAUGAAGAUGAUGAUAUGAACAACAAUAAGAAUGAGCCACAGGUCGUGGGUCCAUCUGCAACAAAGGAAAAGGUCAAACAGAUCAAGAAUAUUGCACGGGAGCAAUGUUCCAUGGCGUCAAAAAAGACCAUUUACAAGCUGACGGAUCUCAUGAAAUCUACCAAGAAUAAAAAGUCCAUAUUGUAUGCCAAUCGGCCCAUGUUGACUACGGACAGCCACAAUGGAGGCGUGGAAAUCUCGCUUCCAUCACGCUCUUCCAACGAAAGCAGUAAUAGUACUACUUCUCGAUUCCAAAACUUGCGAACCUACAAACGAGCCGCUGGCAAACGGUAUGCCAAGGUGGCGCAGAAGCUUUCCUCAUCCAUGCGAAAAUCAAGUGACCAUGAUGGUGUGGUGGAGGAAGACGACCACGAAUUGUCACCCUUGGAUGAUGAUGGCAUGAUGAUGAUGAGGAUGAUGAUUCAAGAGUGUGCCAUUUGUGAUGGUACCAUGUCGGAGAAUGACUGGAACCACCCACUUCAAUGCAAGACACCACAAUGUAACUACAACUUUUGUGCCUCGUGCAUUUACAAUCUCAUUGAGUCCUCCAAGGAACCUUAUGGUGUUGCCAGUGAUGGUUCUCAACAAGUCAAGGUACAGUUGCACUGUCCAAACUGUCGAGAUGACUUGACUUGUUCCUUGAGACGAACCUUGCUCUUGAGAGUGGCUGAUAGCAAGACAGUACCGGCACCGGAACGAAGCCAAAUGAUGUUGGACCUUUCUGGGCUACCGCAAAUAGCACAACCACUUACGGAUAAGCAAAAGGUGAUGCAACUGGAUGACAUUGAUAUGGAAGUCUGCCGAGCUCGAGCGCAAGAGCGUGACUUUUUGAAAUCCAAGCCUUUGGCAUCAAAUUCUUUGGGUCACCGCCGCCAUACGACGCAGCAGCAGCAGCCAAGCAAACGUCAAGCCACAUCACGGUCCAAACGAGAAGCACCCGAUGCUCCAGCGCAAAACAAAGCUGCUGCCACUACUAAUCAUGCUGCCAGCAGGGCUGCGAGAGAACGCUUCGAAACCAUUCGAGAAGAAUAUGAUGCUGCUACUACGAGAGGAAGAUUCCCGCAAGACGAUGACGACUUGAGAAUUUACAAUGACUUGGUGGCCGAUGCUGGCCAUCUUGUCUAUGAAAAGAGAGAAUCUUCCUUUACUGUAAAUCAAACGGCCUGCUUUUACAUUGACACUCAAGUCAAUUUGGGUGGAAUGAAUCCUCGCUUGCGAUUUCAAAUCUAA